CUAUGCUCCUUCGCGUCUGGUCUAUUUAUUGUCGCGGGGAAGCAGCGGCCGCCUCGCACCCGGAACAACAAAGCCGGGAAGAGGGAGUCCGAGCCUCGGGGGCUCCUAGCAACGGGCCGGGGCGGGAGUUCCAUGGAGACUGGGGAGCGCGCCCGUCUCAUCCUCAUCCUUGUCCUCCAGCUUCUCCUUCGCAUCCGACGCAACCGGCAGCAGCGCUGCCGCCGCGUCCUCUGCCGCCGCUCCCUCUUCCCACGAAGUAGCUAAAAUUGCUUCACUGUUCCAGUAAUUCAAGUGGCUCAAGAAUGACUUCGUAGGAUUGCAGAAUUAUUUGUUUAUGGAUGUGAUCUUCGUGGUGAAAAGCUAAAUUUUUAAGCCACCCCAAUGGAUGCAGAGAGUGACGUUGCAUUGGACAUUCUAAUUACAAAUGUAGUCUGUGUUUUUAGAACAAGAUGCCAUUUGAACUUAAGGAAGAUUGCUUUGGAAGGAGCAAAUGUAAUUUAUAAACGUGAUGUUGGAAAAGUAUUAAUGAAGCUUAGAAAACCUAGAAUUACAGCUACAAUUUGGUCCUCAGGAAAAAUUAUUUGCACUGGAGCAACAAGUGAAGAAGAAGCUAAAUUUGGUGCCAGACGUUUAGCCCGCAGUCUGCAGAAACUAGGUUUUCAGGUAAUAUUUACAGAUUUUAAGGUUGUUAACGUUUUGGCAGUGUGUAACAUGCCAUUUGAAAUCCGUUUGCCAGAAUUCACAAAGAACAAUAGACCUCAUGCCAGUUAUGAACCUGAACUUCAUCCUGCUGUGUGCUAUCGGAUAAAGUCUCUAAGAGCUACGUUACAGAUUUUUUCGACGGGAAGUAUCACAGUAACAGGGCCCAAUGUAAAGGCUGUUGCUACUGCUGUGGAACAGAUUUACCCAUUUGUGUUUGAAAGCAGGAAAGAAAUUUUAUAAGUCACCACUUAAUUGGUUAGAAUCUCUAACUGAGCACCUUUUAAAACCUGCUGCACAUUGGACUCAAAAGGAAAACUGGACCAACAGUAAUUGAGGAAAUAGACUCUUUUAUUCAUUCACGGCUACAGUGUAAGCUCCAGUCCCUCUGGAUUUUAUUCCAAACCUUGCUGUAAUAUAAAAGGAAGUUUACAAGACAUGACAUUGCUGCUUUUACAAAAGGACAUUCUAUUUAUUUUCGCAGUAAUUCUCAUGUCCCCAUAAGCAGAGCUGUCACAGUGUGCACUACCUUAGAUUGUUUUAUUGUUGUCAUUGUUAUUUUUUUCCAUUUUGAGCUAAUGUGUUUUAUUUGUGAAUAGUCUUUUACAUUUUUGUAUGCUGAAUAUGGGCACCAAAGAACCUGUAAAAGUUAUCUUUUUCAAUUGAAUGUGCACAAAUAAAAGUUUGGAAAAAUCUCUCUUCAUAUCCAUUCUAUAACUUUUAUUCCCCAUUUUCUAUUUAAACAAAAAUUGUAUUCAUACUUCUUUUUUUUAAAAUCUAUGCAAGCUUAAGACUUUGGCUAAAGUGUGUUGGCUUCUUUUUGAAGUGUAUAUGUGUGUGUGUGUGUGUGUGUGUGUGUGUGUGUGCGCACCACAUGUGUGUAGUAUCUUUUAAUGCUCUGUUACCAAAUAACAAAUAGAAGUUUUUUUUCUUGAAGAUUAGAAAUAAAAACGUGUAUAUAAACUCUAGGGAACUGGACUAGAAGUUUAUAGAUAAAGGAUGAUGUUUUACGUUGCUAAUUUAAUAUGAUAGAAAGUGUUAAAUAACAUGUAAAAGUUAAGAAAUUGUAGUUUUAAAAAGAGAAACCUCUUACCCACUAGACGGACAUGAGAAAGAAGCUGUGGUGAAUGGUGCCUCACUUGGACCUUUGUUUUUCCAGAAAGACUCAACACCUGUAGUUGUAGAGAAGUGAUUGAGGUUCUUUAAUCUUGGAUUGGUGCUCAAGGGUAUACUAAGAGUCUUGUCAGAAGCUGGUAUAACAUUGAGCUGUUUUAACAAGAAGUGCCCACAAGGCAAGCUGCCUCUGUGCCGCAAUGUAAUGAUCAAAUAGUCCCAUUUGAAUUCGAAAGCCAUUUUGUGUGAUAUUGUCCUUCCCCUUGCUGUAUCUUAUUUAAUGGAGUUAAAGAGUGACUAUUCAGUCAGUAUAUGGGAUUGCUACUCUUAAAGUGAUAAUAAAUACGCAUUUAUGAAA